CGCAAAACGAUUCCUAAUUAGGGGUAUCUUGGUAAUUCAGAUAAACAAACACAAAAACUAGGGUUUUCUUCCUAUAAAUGAUCAUAAACUGCGUUAUUUUCUUAUCGUUCGCCAUUCUUCUCACUUCUGGCUACCAAGCAAAAGCCCUAAAACCCUGGUAAGAAGGACUAGCCAUGGCGACAGUACCUGGUCAGUUGAUAUGGGAGAUAGUGAAGAAGAACAACUCAUUUUUGGUGAAACAGUUCGGUAGAGGAACUGCUGGCUUGCAGUUCAGCAAGGAGUCUAACAAUCUCUACAACCUCAACUCUUACAAGCAUUCUGUUUGUGUUUCGCUACUGGGAGUGUGGCAAUGUGGGAAUGUUGUUGAUCUUUGCAUGCGUGAAAUAGGGUUGGCAAAUAAGAAAACGGUCACCAUUCAACCAGGAAAAGACCAAUCUGUGGUUCUUGCUACAACUAAGACCAAGAAACAGAGCAAACCUGUUGCUUUGCUUCACAAGUCUGUCAUGAAGAAGGAGUUUCGCCGGAUGGCCAAGGCUGUGGAGAAUCAGGUUGGAGAUAACUAUUACAGACCUGAUUUAAAGAAAGCAGCUCUUGCAAGGUUGAGUGUUGUGCAUAGGAGCCUGAAGGUUGCCAAAUCUGGUGUGAAGAAGAGGAAUAGACAAGCUCAGAAGAUCAAUGGUAGGAAGUGAGUAGUGAGUUGAGAAGGAAAUAUAUGCUUUGAUGUUCCUCCACUUCAAUGGACAGUGAAAAAUUCCGGAAUCCUCUUGGUUUUAUUUGGACAUUGUUUUGUGUUUAGAUGCUGAACUAUAGAGAUCAUCUUUUCCUGGAUAAUUUGGUUAUGGUAUUUUAUAUCAAGUUUUGCUUUUGAUUAAUAUAAUUUUUUUUUUUGCUA